CUUCAAGAUCCGAAGCUGAACUGGCAGGCUUACCUAACACGCUCCCAGAUUUACAUCAGAAUGUAUAUGAGAGACCUAGAAAGGGCAAAGAUGGGAUCAUAUGGACUGCCAGACAGAAACCAUCUUACCAGUGCCAAAUCAGACCUUGACAGUAUCCAUAAAUGUGUAUCCCUGUCUGAAGACGUACCUUGAAAUGGGACAAGUCUGUUAUUACAUGGGCGUGGAUGCUGUCCAAGAACUGCUACUGACUGAUGAAAACGCAAUAAAUAAUGCAUUAGUUUGCAUUGCCAAAGCCAUGGAGUUUGACAUUAGUGAUACUCUCCCCGAACUGCAGCUCCUGAAGGGAAAAUGCCUUCGGGUCAAAGGUGAAGAACUAAAUGCUAUCAAGUGUGUUUCAAGCAAGCAUUUCAGCUGGACAGCAAAGGCUCACUGGGCACAGAGACCUUCCGGUGCAUAAUGGAG